UUAUUAUACAGGAAAGAAAGCUGCAGCAGAAAAUUCGUGAACUUAUUCCCCAUCAUAUUGUGACAAGGCGGGAAACGAGAAAAAGAGAGAUGAAAGAACGGGAGGCUGCUGAGCAGCAGAAUGAUUAUAUCAAUGAAGAUCCUCACAAAGAGCAUCUGAUAAGGGAAAGAGCACGUCGUUUGGAAGAACGAAAACGUCGUGCAAAUGAAAGCUUAAUGAAAGAAGAAAGAAAAUUUAAGAGACGAAAAUUGAAUCAUAGUACUGAAAACAUAGAUUCAGAACCUUUCCCUGAAUUAAAUGAAUACCAUCGAUCGCAUAUUCCCAUGAUGAGUGAUAACAAUGAAGAUUUGAAGACACAAAUUGGACAACUCUUGAGUGAAGUCAAACUUCACAAAGAUGCUUGGCCUUUUCUGUUUCCUGUUACUGAAGCAUUAGCACCUGGUUAUUAUGAUAUUGUCAAAGAUCCUGUUGCUUUAAGUAUAAUAGAAUCAAAAUUCUAUGAUGGCGAUUAUCAAACAAUUGGGGAUAUUGAUGAAGAUUUCCGCAAAAUGGUUUCCAAUUGCCAACUAUAUAAUGGAGAACACAGUGACCUUUCAAAAAAGGGUCUCAUUCUUUGGAAAAUGUUUCGGAAAGGUAUUGCUAAAGUAACAGAAUCGCAGAAGCUUUCUGAUGAAUUAGAAAAUAAUUUUGACAAGUCUAAUUAUAGAGAUACUUCAGAAUUUUCUGACUACCCCCAAAGUAAUAUUGCUAAUAAAAAGUCAGGUAAAGAAAUACACUCAGCAACUGUUAUGAGAAAGAAGAAGAAAAGGAUUUCAGCUAAGGCAGCCCUGGAUGUUCUUUCUCAAGCUUCUGAAGUAGCUGUGAAAAUAUAUCAAUCUCCUAGUUGUCAGUCCAGUGAUAUGUUCAAUGUUGAUAAACUGGGUGUGAGACAAGCUUAUUCUGAUCUGUUUCCUAAGCUAAAAGUUGUUCCAAUCCAUAGCCAUCCCCAAUCAUUGAUAGACAGAUUUACAUCAGAUUCUUCAAAUCAAGAUACAGGAGACUGUAGCAAUGAAAAUAAUUCUUCUGUUGUGAAUAAUGAUAAUAAUCAACAGUUUGUUGCAAGGGUGUUGGAUAAUAGCACCACUGAUGAAACAGCUAAUAACUAUUAUUUAGGGAAUGACAUCAGCUCUGAGUUAUCACAUUUUAUAGAUAAGAACAGUUCAAAACCAUUUAACAUUCUAUCUGAAAAUGAAGAUGAUAUGGAUGUGGCUUCAAAUAAUGGAUCUGCUUCAAUACAUGAAAGUGAAAAUGCAAGUUCUGUGGGUGCAAUAAAUUAUACAGAUCCUAAAUCUGCUCCUAGUGGCAGUGAAGGCUUAGUUCAUGGCAUUGCUAAUAUCUUAGAUGAAUGCAAUAAUGACAGUAUGUCAAAUCUAAUAUCAAAUUUGGUCAAAGAGCCAGUUUAUUCUACUGUUAACACAUCUCAGAGUAAAGUAGGUCAUAAUUUAGUUCAUGCAGCCAAACAAGGAUCAUCUUUAACCAUUGAUUCGAGGCGUAGUCCAGAGAGUAAUGUCUCCGCUCCUGUUGACCAAAAUUUGUCUGAUGACAGCAUUCCAUUUUCACGAGAAAAUAUGAACAUUCAAACCGAUUUGACAUCGUCAUGUAAUGAAAUGUCUACUGUGGAUGCUUCCAUUUUGGGCAUAUCAAGUCAGAAAUUUAUCAAUAAGCAAAACAAUGUCUAUAAUGGGUCACUGAGUAAUCCCAGCAUAUCAGAUGGUCAGAUAAAUUAUGUCUUGAGCAGCAAAUCACAAAACAUUAGUAAUAGCUGCAUUUCUGUAACUCAUGCUCAAGGACCUCUGAGAUCUAAUUCUGGUGCACCAGAACCAAAUAUAAGGUAUUCGCCUUCAUAUCUCUCUGAACCAACUAAUUCAAGUCAACCUUAUCCUGAAGUUCUGAAUAAUACUGAAGGAAAUUAUGAUGUGCAAAAAACUUCUUCCCAUCAACAUUUGUCUAACAAUGCAAAUUUAGCACAUGGUCCCAAUAUGCUCGUUCCUAACAAUGCAUCUUCCCUUUUGCAAGUAGCUCCAGUUAUAACCACAGUUGCUACUUCUCAAAUUCCUUUACAGGUGCCAUCUUUUUAUUCAAAGUCAUCUAAUCAAAGUAGUAAUUUGAAAUCAGGCCUUAAGCAGUUUCCUGCUAUGAAAGUGAGUUUGCCACCAUCCACUGGUGAGAUUUUGGUUGUACCAGGGACAGCUCCUGCUUCAUCAAGUAUGACAUUCCACCUCUUUGCCCAACCAAUUUCAACUCAAGCCCAGCCCAUUGAGUCGCAUGUAAAAGUGCAUGCUGUCAACUCUGCGUCACCCAUUCAGACUCAUUAUCAAGGAUCAGCAAAACUUACUGAAAAUCAGGUUAAAAGUGGAAACAAGAAAAACAAGAAAGACAGCUGUGUAUAUCCCCCAAAGAAGAGAUCUCCUGUUCCUGAGCAGCAGUCAUCUCAUAAUGUGCCUUCUCAGUAUUCCCAACUGCCUUAUCAACCUACUUUGAAUGCAAGGGUAUCUGAUGUGUCUGUUUCCCUAAAUACAACAAGACCUUGUUAUACCACUUCCAAUUCAGUACCUGUGAAUUCUUAUGGAGCAUACAGUGUAGAUAAUUCCAGACAUUCUGUAAUUAGGUCCAGUACUAUUGCAGCCAGUCAGUCGAAUGGAGCUCUAAAUUGUUCAACUUCCACAAGUACAUCUAAUGCAAUAUCAAAUUCACCUGGUGUUUUUGCAAGUAGUGCGGAAUCUUUUGUACACAAUAGCCCUACAUACCAGACUUUGUGCCCUAAAACUUUGCCUGUGGUUUUCUCGAGCUAUAAUAGGAUGAAUAGAAAUGAACUGAAUGCUGGUCCUGUUAUGAAUAUAACAGCUGGAAAGCAAUUGGACAAUCAAACACAUAAUAAUAAUUCUUUUGUACAAAAUGUGUUUAUUCCUACGAAUGCUUCAUCAUUAAAUAUGAAUAGUGUUAUCCCAAACUCCAGUGGGCAGUAUGUUAUCCUGUCAUCACCUAAAGAUAACACCGGUAAGCUGUAUAACAGAGGACAGGCUUCCACUGUACAAAACUCAGAAACAUCUGAAAUAAUUACCUCUAUGCCUGUCCUCCAGCCUUCAAACAACUUGUUCCAGAAUUUUGCUUUCAACGGUGUUCCAGUGAGUCAGCCUCAGAUAUUUAAUCAGGCUACAACAAAUCAGAUUCCUCAGUUUGUAAAUGUUCCUACCUAUAUGAUAGCCAAUCAGAAUUUUGGUAAACCUCCGGUUCUGAAUAUCCAGUCGCAAAUGGUGAACAGAAGACCAGUCACAAUGAGUUACUCAGGGAAUGGUUAAUGUGACUCACUAUAUUCAAGGCCUCUAAUUCAAAUUAUGAAUUUCUAUGAUAAUGCCAUGAUUAUUGGAGAUUCACAUUAACUUAAAUCAUCUAUUUCUGAAGUCGAUUCAUCAAGAGCUAUGACUGUUUUAUUUUGGUACAAA